AUGGAUACGGCAGCGGCUCCAGUCUUCGUCAUCCGAGACCUUGCUACAGAAAUCGGAGUGGAAUCUCCAGCGGCGAUUCGCAGUGCCCAGACAGCAACGGAUGCCGGAGUCUCAGACUUGAUUGUAGACGGCCUUGUGACGAGUCGACAAACUGCAGGUCUCCUCACCAUAUUCAAUGAGCACUAUGGUCGCUGGGUAUUCUUCGACAACCUGAUGUCUGCAGAGAACCUGUCUGAGGAGGUCAAAAGAUCACCACUUCUUUUGUGUUCGUGCUGCCUUAUCGCUGUCCGACACACCAACGAAGAGCUUGCGUCGAGCCUGGCCCCGGAGCUCUUUGAGAAGUCGAAGGCCCUUCUAUCCGCCGCACUGCUCUCUACAACGCAAAACAUCGAUUUCUUUCAGGCAGCUCUCAUUUUGUGUAUGUGGUCCACCACAGUGGGUCAAGUGCCUUUGAGUAUCGACAGCUGGCUGCUGAGCGGUUUCGCCAUUCAGCAUUGCAUCUCGAGCGAUCUCUUUGAAAACGUCCUUAGCCAUGGCUAUCCAAGAACUAAACGUGAUUUGGGUUUGUUAAGGCUCUGGAACCAUCUUUGUUUGGUGCACUUGCACUAUUCGGUAGGGACGAGGCGCAAAUCCAUGGUCGGUCGGGCGCAAGUCGAUAGAUGCCGAGACAUUCUAGCUUCUGAUCAUGCAACAAAUUUCGAGACCCGGAUGGUGGCGGAAGUGAUCUUGUACUGGAUUCUGUACGAAAACUGCUGUCUGACAGAGGUCGAUCUCCCCAAAGCGCAAUCUGCCUUGCACCAGUGGAGACAGAACUGGAAGUUUGUUCUCGAUCAGCCUCGGUCACAGUUUCUUGAGAUGGGAUUUCGCUUCGCUCAGCUCCUUGCCUACGAUCAAUCUCUGAAGACUCGAUCUGCAAGCGUUCGAGAGAGUCUGCUGUCAGAGAUGGUUCGUCUUUCAGCUGCAAUCUUGACGCUUGCAAUGGAAACAACAGACGAGCGCACGAAGCACCUAAGUGAUCACAUUUACCAUAUGAUCACGUUCGCCGCAGUUACCCUUUGUCGACUACUGCAUAUGUACGAAGAGCAGUUGGCGCGCUCCCACAACAUCGCCGAGCUGGAUUCGCUGAUCGCGACGCUUGUACCAUGGCUCAAGUCGAUCGGUCUCCCCUGCCACGCCGCCUUCACGCUCGGUGACAUCGUCGCCGCUUUCCACAAGAAACUGCGUCCUCUCUCGGGACCGUCGCCCGUGAAUUCUGAGGAUCAGAACGCUUGGGCAGACAUGUCGUUCUGGGCUUCCUUCCCAGAUCUACUAGGACCAGAACCUACGAACACUAGCAGUUGGGAUUUUUUACCGAAUUGGGAACCAUUCAAAUGA